AUGAUAUCCGACAGAGAAAAGGGUUGGUUGCAACUCGACAGCUAAAAGAAAAAGAAGAACAGAGAAAAAGACAUAAUGAAAGAGAGAUAGGGCGUGUUUUGCCACUACGCAAAAGAAAAAGCAGUUGUAGCCGUGCACAGCUCUUCUUCAUCUUUUUCUGAUGCCGUUUUGCCUGACAAACCAGCAGUCAUGAACGAGAAUUUCGACCGAACUCCUGGUGCGGGGAGAACCCGGACUUUUCCAGCAGACCCCGGGCUCGUGGGUAGCGACGUGGAUGGUGCCAGCAAAACUGCACUUUUCAACCAAAGGGAGCCGUUGAGACAGCCGCGAACGUCUCCUCCUUUUGCCGAGAACAACAGUAGCACGGGGCAAGAUGUGGCUGUUGGAGAUUCAAAAAGACAGAGCAAACCCCAACAAAGUACAAAUGCCAACAACAUAUCUGCUUCCAGAAGGUGUAAUGAUGUGGAUUCCAUGGUCAAGUCAUCAAAGCUUUCAGCCAGUGCCCCAGAGUUUGUCCCUUCUGGAUUUAACCCAUAUGAUGACCCUGCUUUUUAUGAUGACAGCGAAAGCUAUUACGGUGAACCAACCCUGGCUGAAAUGGUUACAGACUUCCUUGGACACCUGAGCUCCUCCCCAGGGUCCUUCGAGUCCGAUAUUGAAUACAUAACUGGCAUGCUCAAUUCCUGCGUUACUACUGAAGAGUUGUUGCACGAGCUGGUGGAACUGAUCUACACACAGUCUACUGCCAUUCCAAACUUCUCUUACACGGGUGCCAGGCUCUGUAACUACCUGUCCCAUCACCUCAAUAUCAGCCCACCAAGUGGCAACUUUCGUCAGCUGCUCCUGAAAAGAUGUCGAAUAGAGUUUGAACAAAGGGAUGUAGCUGUUCGAGGAGACACGGAGACUCAGAAGAAGCUCCACUCCUUUGUGCUCUUUCUGGGAGAACUCUAUCUCAACCUCGAGGUAAAGAGUGGAAAAGGACCUCCAAAUCGAGCAGAUAUCCUCCUGUCUGCUCUGAAUGACCUGAUGAACAGCCUGUUCAACAAUCCUGUGGAUGCAAAUCUCAUCUGCGCUGUCAAACUGCUUAAGCUGACAGGCUCUGUCCUGGAUGAUGCAUGGAAAGAGAGUGGAAAACCACACAUGGAGGAACUGAUCCAAAGAAUAGAAACUAUUCUACUGGAUGCCACCUGCAGCAGGGAUGUUAGACAGAUGCUUCUGAAACUUGUGGAGUUGAGAUCUAGUGAUUGGGGCAGAGUCCGUGCUGCUGCGGCAGCCAGCAACGCCACACCAGACAACGACCCCAACUACUUCAUGAAUGAACCUACAUUCUACACAGAAGAUGGCACUCCUUUUACAGCAGCAGACCCAGAAUAUGCUGAGAAAUACCAAGAGAUCCUGGACAGGCAGGACUAUUUCCAUGAUAUUUAUGGAGAAAAUGGAAAUGAAGUAUCCGAUGACUCUGAAGAUGAGAUGGGGCCCGAGAUGGAAGAAGCUUUUGAGAAUUUUUAUUUGGAAUCGGAGAGGAAACGACAAAAAUGACGUGAGAGUGAGAAUCUGAGGCACAUACUGUACUUUUCCCACUCAACUUGCUGGAAUGUCGAAAAGCAAAGGAAACUAGCAUCAGAUAGUUUCAAACAUUUAUUUUACUGCAAACAAGCAUUUUAACAAAAAGCUGUUCAUAGUUGCACUUCUGACACUUUUUUCAGUCAGUGUUGAUUAGAAAAUGGCGACAAUCAACGGGAUAAUUGAAAUCUUAAGGUAUUGAGACAUUUUUGGACAUGGAAGUUCUCUCUUUUGUUGUUUUGAAUUCUUUCCUUUACGCUUAAACUAAAAGCCAAGAGGAAAUGGUGUGCUGUGAGUACAGUGUGCAUAAUUUGUUACACACGAAUUAAUGCCCCAUGCAUAAACUGCAGGCCAAAAAACAUUUCAUCAGAGAUGCAUAACUUUAAUGUAUAGUGCACUGUAGAUGGGUGAGGUGGUUGUUUAACUAACUAAGCCUAUAUACGGUGCACAUACAGCCUUUAUCUCCACUGUUGUGAACUUGUGUAUCCUGUCAGGUUGCCAAUAUUACAUGCGAUAUUAAAGGCUAUUCACCUGUUAAUCUGGCUGCAGUGAACUUUAGUGGUCAGGAUCCCUGUAAUGGGCUGUGCAGUCUGGAAAAUGGAAUAGCCUUUUCACUGUAAAUUCAGUCACAAAUUGGAAAGUUAAUAUAGAAAAAGCCCUUUUUUUUAGUCUGUUCCUGAAGUCGAAAGAUUUUAAGUAAACGAUUCACAAUUCUGAGAAUGCGGUGCAUCUAAAUUCAAUUUAUUUCCUGAAUGUAGCUUUAAAUAUAUUCACAUUUUGCAGUUGAUCAGCGUGACAUAAGUCAGCUGCAAAGAGGAUCCAUUCUUAUCUGAGACUAAAAGACUGUUUACCAUAAAUUCAUGGGAUCCAUAUAAAGGAAUGUUGUUUUAUAGUUUGUAAAUAUUAUUUAUGGUAUUGUUUGCCUGCAAUAAAUUCUUUAUAAUGUGAGAUUUUACCUGCUUGAUUUGUGUU